ACAUACGUGAGAGGAAAGUUUUUUGUUUUAUUUUUAAUUUGUCUGUAGAAUUCCAUCCUUAAACGCGUUCAUCGCAAAACUGUAUCGUUUCUGCAUCCAUUGGAUUGAACGUUGUCUCCAUUCGGGUAACCGUUAUCAGGGAUGGAAAACGAUAAAAUGGAAAUCUACGAAUCCCUGGUACGUUGGUUAAGCGUACUGAAUCUGUCCGCACCACAUCAAACGGUGCUGGAACUUUCGGAUGGUGCUGCUCUCGCACAAGCACUUAACCAAAUCGCUCCGGAAGUGUUUACCGAUAAUUGGCUGUCCAAGAUAAAGUCAGACGUCGGUGCGAAUUGGCGGUUAAAGGUGAGCAAUCUGCGAAAAAUCAUCGAAGGUAUCUACGUGUACUAUCAGGACAUGUUGAGUUUAAACCUGUCGGAAGAGUUACGUCCAGAUGCGCUCAAAAUUGCAGAGAAAUGUGACCCGCACGAGCUUGGCCGAUUACUGCAGCUUAUACUUGGCUGUGCGGUGAAUUGUCUCGAAAAACAAAAAUACAUUACGCAGAUCAUGGAACUAGAAGAAUCAUUGCAGCGAAAUAUAAUGGCUGCACUGCAGGAAAUUGAAUACAUUUGGCAGGGAGCGUCUCCUUCUCGUAAUUCGAUCAAUACGACUGCAAGCCUGGAUGUGAAAACAUUGCAGGAAGAUCGGGAUACAUUGGCGCAAAAGUGCCACGAAACGAAUAAAAAGAUGUUGGGGUUGAUCGAGGAAAAAGCAGCAUUGCAGCAGGAAAUAAUCAAAUUGCAGACUAUCGUGGGGCGGUACGAAAACCCAAAUUUAAUCGGUGAUGAUGGAACGUCGCUCGGUCCAAUUCAGUUAGGUUCAUCACGGUACAACGAUCUACGCAAGCUAGUGGACAGUUUGAAGGAUGAGCUACUGCAGGCAGAAACUGCCAGGGAUGAUCUGAAGAUGAAAUCGAUGAUUCAAGAGAAGGAGAUCACAGAGCUACAGAUCCGGAUCGAUGAGCUGCACGCGGCCACAGCCGAAAUAGCACAGCUAAAGGACGAGAUCGAUAUCCUGAAAGAGGCAAACGAGAAGUUAAAAAUUUGCGAAACGCAGCUACAAACCUAUAAGAAAAAGUUGGAAGACUAUAAUGACCUACGAAAGCAGAUAAAGCUGCAAGAGGAGCGCAGUGCCGAUUACCUGAAGCAGAACCUCGAGUAUGAGGAAGAAGCGAAAAAAUAUGCCGGCUUGAAAGGUCAGGUCGAGCUGUACAAGAAGAAAAUACAGGAUCUACACGGAAUGCUUGACGAGGAAAUGGGCAAGACGGUGCGAGCCGAAUUCGAGUAUAACCAGUUGCAGGGCCAGCUUGCGGCAGUGCAGCGGGAAAAGGAGAACUUUCUGAGAGAGCGGGACACGCUGCGAGAGGCGUUAGAUGAGCUAAAGUGUGGCCAAGCCAUCGGUGUGGAUGGGGUUAGUCACAGCGGUCACAGUGGUGGAAACACGAUGUCAAAGGAACUGCAUUCAAACGAUUUGUACGAACGUAUCGAGCGACUAGAACGUGAAAACAAGGCUCUACGGGAGGGUCAGGGUGGGCAAACGGCACUUUCGCAAUUGCUAGACGAUGCAAAUCAGCGCAACGAAAAGCUUCGAGAUCAGUUAAAGUCAGCUAACCAGAAAAUUCUUCUUCUUAGUCAGCAUCAUACCGAGGAUGGAAGUAGCAAAACCGAACUUGAAAUGCAGAUGAAACAAACGUUGGAACUUAAAGAGCAAAAUUCUGCACAGCAAAUGGACGAAGCGCAGUUGCAGCUUACCAAUUUGCACACAAAAAUUGCGAAUUUGGAAGCAGCCCUCGUUGUGAAGGAUCAGGAAUUGCAGGCGGCCGAUGUGCGCUACAAAAAAUGUGUUGAAAAAGCGAAGGAAGUGAUCAAAACGCUUGAUGCGCACGCAAUCAGUGAAGCAUUAUUGAUGGAUAAGGUCGAUUCGCCCAGUGGAGCAGGAGUGGAUGGUACGCUAACGGUGGGAAAUGGUAAUGCUUCCCGCACUGCGAUGGGUCAGCAGGAAGAGCAGCUAAUUGCAACCGCGUUCUAUCGGCUAGGGAUGGUUUGCCAUCGAGAAGCGGUUGAUGCACGAUUGCUCAGUGGGCCAGGGCAAAGUUUCCUCGCACGACAGCGGCAACCUGCAGCAAGAAAACCACUAAAUGCAAACUAUGGCAAAAAAUGAUCCUUCAUCACUGUGCUCAGCAUCAUCAUUAUGAUCAUCAAUUCACAGCCGUCGAGAUAGUUCCGUUGGCAUGUGCGCUCGCCGAAAGGUGCCUUACCCUUAGCGAAAUAGUAUGAUCUGGAGCGUGCAGAACGCAAAUCGUCCUCUCAUUACCGGUUCCUUGAUGGAAUAGUCUUCAAACUAGAGUGUGUACUUUUCAUUCUUAUUUUUGACCCUGCUUAUCCUACGGUCGUACCAACUCAGGUACUAUUUCUUUUCAGCGAAAGUGGCGGAGACAGUUGACUGUUUUGUGUGUGUGGGGUUUUCCGUUUAAUAUUUAUUUUGCACAACCGAUUUAUAUUUCUGUUUUUAACCUCUUAAAAAUCAAUUGCGUGUCGCGUAUUCCAAAUAUAACACAAAUAUAUACACAUUUAACCAACAA